AUGUCCGGUAGUGAUGGGGUAGGGCGCUGGGCAUCACAGAUUGGUCGUUUUGCCCCGUUUCUUUUGCCCCGAGUCCGCCCUCAACAUCGAGGUUGGCGCCCAAUGGCUCUGCGCCCGCCCUACCUGUCCACUCUUAUAUGUUUGAUGUUAACGAUGCUGCUGGGCCUGGAAGGGUUGCGGCAGUAUAGCGAUCGCGAAGGGGGCUUGGUCUUUUUCAGCUACACGGAAGACGUCAACGCCAUACAAUCUUUUGCCUACAAUUACCUCCCUAUAAUCAUCUCCCUCGUGCUCGUCUUGGUAUGGACCGUGACCGAUUUUGAUGUCCUCCGCCUAGAACCAUACUUCCAGUUGUCCCGCCCCGAGGGAGCGCCGGCGACCGUCCUCUUCAUCAACUACAACUUCGGCCAAAGUUUUAUGACUCCGAUUAAUGCUGCAAUCCGCCGCCAUUGGAUUGUGCUCUGGGUUUCAUUUGUCACGCUCUCAAUCCGAAUGAUUCUUCCCGCUCUACAGAGUACGGUAUUUGAGCUACGCGAGGUGACGGUGAUCGACGACAGGACCGUAAAAAGCUGGCCCAACCUUGUGGAUUUGGACACACAAGCGAACUGGAUCUCAACGCAAGCCAAUGGCGACGUGGUUCUCUCACAUGAGCUAUUGGGCCGGUCCCGAUCACCCAAGUAUGCCGUGGCGCCUGUGGAGAUACCCGACAGCCAGCAAGACGAGAGCAUAAUGUGGACUCUUGAUCAGACGCUGUAUUGGGCGCACCUUUCCUGCGAGAAUGUUUCUGUUGGGGACAAGCUCACCGUUGCUAUCAAUGAUCCCGAGUCGGCAUAUCCAACAAUUUCAUGGAAUGCCACUGGUAUUGAUUUCAAUAAUGCACACGAAGGCGCCUCAAAUUGUACCGUUGAUUUUCAAUACGAGAGUGUCUUCUUCCCUACCACCGAUUAUCUGCAAGUACGCUAUUGGGAGCCGAUGAUCAGUGCUGCUGCCAAAGAAGCAUUUCCGGACCGAAUCCAGGCCUUCACAGAACAUGGCUGCGGUCCGUAUGAUCUGUAUGGUAUGCUCAUCGGAGUCAAUACGACCAGCCCAGAUUCGACCAAUUUCCCCACGUCUGGUAUGGCAUUUGCCUGUGAUAUCCUCUAUCACAAAGCGGAGGCUCGCGUGACCAUGCACUCCAACAGCUCCAUCAUAUCUAUCAAAGUCGAUCGAGCCACCACCCGCGCGCUGACAAAAGCUCAGUUCAACAUUGAACACUUCCAAGCCCUGCUCUCUCAACGCGCUCCAUUCACUAGUGACAUGCUCUUCAUUCGUGAAAAUGCUACCACGGGCGCUCGCACAGUGACUGAACUGCCUAUCAUCAGCCAGGAGUUAGGAGACAUCCAGCCUGUGCUGGUGCUCGACACAUCGACCGUCAUGACCGAGACCGAAUUUGAAUCCAAGAUUGCGCGUGAUGUUAAGCAGACGUUCGUGCUCACACUCGGUCGCCUGUUUGAUCCGGAUAGUGCACCCAGCAUCCUCGCUGCCGAGCGCCUGUCGAACCAAGUCGCAAUCGCUGUCGUUACCUUUGCCGCCCUUUGGUCUGAGUUCAUUCUUGCCAUAGCCACUUUGACCACGGUGUACCUCCUUUACAUGUAUAGUUCUCGUGAACUAUUUCUCCAAAGCGACCCAGGGUCUAUUGGUGCCAUGUGUAGUAUUGCCGUUAAUGUUUUCCACCCAUCCAACAUCCUCGCACAGCCAGUGGCGGAAUUUCAUCAAUUCUCUACUCGGCAACUUCGUCGUAUCUUCAAGAAUGCAAGAUGUUACUGGCGACCGGGACCUUCUGGCAACAGGCUGGAUAUUCUCACCGAAGACGGCUCCCCCGUCCAGCUUGGAGAGAACCUACAAACCCGUGUUGAUCGGAUGCCUCACUUUCUCGUAAUUCCUUUCUUUCUUAUUGAAUUCUUGGCGCUAGCUGGAGUCAUUAUUCUCAUCGGAUUAGUGGUCUCAUCUUUACUUCGAAACGGCCGCUUCCGCCAUUUGACCCAAUCCGAUUCAAGUGCAUUCCAGGUUGUCCUUUCCUUCCUACCUUCCGUCGUUGCAUCGUCCGUGGGGGCUCUAUGUACCUCUAUUCACCGGAACCUCAGCGUCCUGGAGCCUUGGGUCCACCUGCAACGAGGCAACGCCUCGGCAAGGACGUCGUUGUCAUUGAACUAUUCGUCCCAAAGUCCGCUCGCCAUUUUCUUCAAGGCAGUACGCAACCGGCAGCCUUUGCUCGUUCUCGUAUCAAUUGCGUGCCUCGUCAACAUGGCUUUGACUGUCGUUGCGGGUGCGCUCUUCACUCAACAAUUGACAACCUCAACAUUGGAAACCAGCGAUUUGUCAAUGAACUACAGCCAGUCAAUAUUUUGGCGGACCGACUUCGCUGUGGAAUUCACUGAGUAUGAUUUGAUUCAGACUAGUAUCAGCAGUGGAGUCCCUAUGCUCUCUUGGACUAGCCCAAAUCAAUCUUUUGUCCCAAUACACGUGUCCAAUCGCAAUCCGGAUGUGACUUACGGUGCCUCAACGCUUGGAGUUGGAGCUGAGCUCAAGUGUGAGCCCCUUUCAUCCGAUGCUCUUGUCUAUGAUAAAGCCAAUGGCCAUCAACAGUGGCGCUAUGAACUAUUUGGCAAUUCCUCCGUGGAAUGCACGGCACGCAUGCCACCCCUGAAAAGCAAAGAGGAAGGAAUCUCACUAUCUAUCCAUUUCCUGUCCCCGGAUGAUGUCGAGGACUCGGACAUCUGCCAGACGUCGACCGUUCUGGUUGUCGGCCGUUGGGAUUAUUUGCCGGACACGCCAAUCACGGAUGCCAACACAAUUGCUUUGCACUGUGAACCCCAGGCGAAGUUGCAAAACUAUUCUAUUGCUUUCGACCAGAAGGGACAGAUCAGUUGGCACGAACCUGUUCCCACAACAUCCGUCACCCAAGGAACUAUGUACGACAAUGCCACCGUGAGUCUCGGUCAGUUCAACAAAGUCUUUGCUGCUAUCCCUAGCAGCUUUGUAGGCAAUACUAGCAUGCAGAAUGGGACAUACAAUAUCUCUUCCUAUGAUUGGGCAGGAUUCCUUGUUGCCCGUCUCUACGAACGCGAAGACCCCAACUUUAGCGCCCUCAACCCCGCGCUUCUGACAUCCAUGACUCGCACUGUAUACCAAUGGGUCUAUAGCACCUACUUCUCGAUUUGGCGUGAUAUUUAUCUCGAACCCCUCGCCCACCCGGUCCCAGCCACAAAUUCCACCAUUACCCGCGUUACCUGGAGCAUGGUUCCGUCGGGUCCGUCACUUGCCAUCGCGCUAGCCAUUAUUGCCUUCGACACGAUCGUCGUGCUUUUAGUGUUCGGAACACGACAUGGCCGGUUCCGAGCACCCCGAAUGCCGCGCUCCAUUGGAGCCAUCAUUCCCUGGAUUUCGCACAGCCAAAUGCUUCAUGAUUUUACCGAUACACAUACCUGGAGCAGUGCCAAACGUCAUGCUCAUCUCGUAUCCCUGAACAAACGCUACGCUUUCCGCAUGUUCUUGGGUGCCGAUAACCGCUGGAGGUUCGCCGUUGACCAGGAACCAGAGAAUAUCAAACCUCCCGAUCCGCCGGACGUUGCCCCAGAAGUGGAGGUGGACAAGACCACCUCAAUUCAGCUACAGGAGAUUCGAAGUCCCCCCUCUCCUACUCCGCCCUGA